AGCUCCUCGUCCUGUCACGCUGCGUGUCGGACUCCCUCGCGAGCUGAGCUCAGUCUUCCUCCGGACUGAGAAGAGGUGAACCCACCAGAACCAGAACCAGAACCCGGAGAGAGUUUCCUGCAGAGUGUCGGACGCCAUGGCCUUUUCCCUGAGGACUUUUCUCUGGAUGCUUUUCUUGUUUCCACGCGUGGGCUGCGACGCUGAUCCAGGAGCGUCAGUGGAAGCAGAUGGUCUGGCAGAAGCUCAGAGUGGAGCUGCACCCUCAGCUGAAGGUUAUUUCCUGGAGUUCCAGGAGCCGGUCAACAACAUCACUCACUUCCAGGGCCAGACGGCCACAUUGUACUGCAAAGUUGCCGGAAACCCACGCCCCUCGAUCCGCUGGCUGAAGAACGACGCUCCCUUGGCCCAGGAGCAGGGGCGCAUCAGCAUCCGUCGCACCGAGGCGGGCUCCAAGCUCCGCAUCCAGGACCUAGACACCACAGACACGGGGUAUUACCAGUGCGAGGCCUCCAACUCGCUGAAGCAGAUCUCUGCCACCGGGGUGCUGUGGGUCAAACUGGGACAGGUGCCGACCCAUGGACCCGAUGUACCGUCGAGUAAUAAAGGUUUCUGCCAGCCGUACCGAGGCAUCGCCUGCGCCCGUUUCCUGGGUAACCAGAGCAUCUACGUGGAGUCCCUGCAGAUGCAGGGGGAGAGUGAGAACCGCAUCACUGCCGCUUUCACCAUGAUCGGCACCUCCACCCACCUGUCGGAUCAGUGCUCAAAGUUUUCCAUCCCGUCCUUCUGCUACUACGUGUUCCCUCUGUGCGACGAGGACUCCCGGAGCCCCCGGCGCCGCCAGCUCUGUCGCGAUGAGUGCGAGGCGCUGGAGAACAACCUGUGCCACGCCGAGUACACCAUCGCUCGCUCCAAUCCCAUGAUCCUCAUGCAGCUGGAGCUGCCCAACUGCCGCCUGCUGCCCAGGACGGGCACCCUGGAGGCGGCGUCUUGCAUCAGGAUAGGAGUGCCGCCAGACAAACUGGGCUCGCAUUCUCCCUCAGAUCACAGCUGCUUCAACGGCAGCGGGGCGGACUACCGGGGGACGGUCAGCGUCACUAAGUCGGGUCACCUGUGCCAGCCGUGGAGCUCUCAGUCCCCUCACAGCCACCACCUCUCCCAGGAGUACCCCGAGCUCUGGGGGAGUCACAACUUCUGCCGGAACCCCGGCGGCCUAAUGGAGGCGCCCUGGUGCUUCACCCUGGACCAACGGGUCCGGAUGGACCUGUGCGACAUCCAGCCCUGCAAGCCUCGGGAGAACCCUCGGAAGGAGAUCCUGUUCAUUCUGAUCCCGGCCAUUUCCAUCCCGCUGGUCAUCGCUUGCCUCUUCUUUCUGGUCUGCAAGUGUCGCAACAAACAGAAGUGUUCGACGGGCUCGCCCCCCCGCUGCCAGCUCGGCGUCUCGCCCAGCCAGGAGGUGGAGCUGUCUCUGCUGAGUCAGCAGAAGCACCAGGCCAAGCUCCGGGAGAUCAACCUGUCUGCGGUGCGGUUCAUGGAGGAGCUGGGCGAGGAUCGCUUCGGCAUGGUUUACAAGGGCCACCUGUACGGCACGGCCCCCGGCGAGCAGGCCCAGCUGGUGGCCAUCAAGACCGUCAAAGACAAGCUGGACGCCGCCCUCUGUGAGGAGUUUCGCCACGAAGCCCUGGGCCGCUUCCACCUGCAGCACCAGAACGUGGUCUGUCUGAUCGGCGUGGUCUUCAAAGAGCAGCCCAUGAGCAUGAUCUUCACCUACUCCAGUCUCGGGGACCUGCACGAGUACCUGGUGAUGCGUUCCCCCAACUCGGAUGUGGGCAGCUCGGACGACGACAGAACCACCAAGUCCACGCUGGAGCAGGCGGACUUCCUGCACGUCAUCACCCAGAUCGCUGCUGGGAUGGAGUACCUCUCCAGCAACCAAGUGGUCCAUAAGGACCUGGCGGCUCGGAACAUUCUGGUCUUUGACAAGCUCAGUGUCAAGAUCCUGGAUCUGGGUUUGUUCAGAGACGUCUACUCCGCUGAUUACUACAACCUCAUGGGAACCAGUCCCUUCCCUAUCCGCUGGAUGUCCCCUGAAGCCAUCAUGUACGGCAAGUUCUCCACGGAGUCUGACGUGUGGUCCUACGGCGUGCUGCUGUGGGAGACGUUCAGCUACGGCCUGCAGCCGUACUGCGGCUACGCCAACCAGGACGUGAUGGAGAUGGUGCGCGGCCACCAGCUGCUGCCGUGUCCCGACGACUGCCCCGCCUGGAUCUACACCCUGAUGCUGGAAUGCUGGAGUGAAUUCCCGGCGAGGAGACCUCGCUUCAAAGACAUCCAUGCCCGUCUGCGCUCGUGGGACAGCCUGUCCAACUACAACAGUCCGGCGCAGACGUCCGGCACCAGCAACACCACCCAGACCAGCUCUCUCAGCACCAGCCCCGUCAGCAACAUCAGCAUGAGCACGGUGAAUGCGUCGCGCUACACCGGCCCUAAGAAGAGCUCUCCGUUCCAUCAGCCCCAGUUCAUGCCCAUGAAGGGUCAGAUGCAUCGACCGAUGGUGCCGCCGCAGCUCUACAUCCCCGUCAACGGCUACCACCCCAUGCCGGCGUACCCCUACCUGCAGAACUUCUACCCCAUGCAGAUCCCCAUGGCCAUGCCCUCCCAGCAGAUGCACCACCCACCGCAGAUGGCUUCCAAAGCCAGUUCUCAUCACAGCGGCAGUGGAUCCACAUCCACGGGCUACGUCACCACGGCCCCCUCCAACACCUCCGCCACAGAACGGGUCGCCCUGCUGAACGAGGACUCCAGGACCAACGACGAGGACUCGGCCGACAGGGCGUCCCAGGAAGAGCGAAAGCAGAGCGAGUCGUCCUCGGUGCCCGGGACAGAGCCCCCCGGCGACGGCGAGCAUCCCCAGACGGACAAACUGAUGAUCCACCUAUCGGACACAUAAGUGUGACAGUAUAAGAACUGUGCUCGCUUCACAGAUGUCCACUACAUGAAGGGAACCAUUUGAAGAAGACUGACUGAAUGUUUUUAUGUUUCUGAGAUGCUACCGCCUCCCAGAAGUGAUUUUUAUUCAUUAGACGCGGUUUUAUGUUGUCAUUUUAAUUAACGUGUUCUCAUAGUUUUGCAGCAACAUCUUUCUACUAUUAUAUAUCUGAUAAAGAGCAGUGCUGCAAGGCUGCGUGGCUGGUGUUCAGUGUCACCAGCGGUGCGUCGCCACGGGUCACCUGGGUUCUGUGAGGGUGGGACUCAAACCCUCGGCCUGACAGUCACAUGGUCCGUCCAGCAGACGUGUUCACUGCAGUGCAGGGGAGGUCUGCAGAGCUGCAGACCCCCGGCUGCGUCUCUCCCUCCCGGAGGACGGGUGUGGGAUUUUCCUUCUGUGUUUUAUGACGAGCAGAAUAAAAGUGUAUGAUACAGGAAAUGGUUUAGGAGACUUAAAUAAGCCUCGUUUGUGGAUAACAUGUCUUUUUUCAUGAGCAGGGGGUGCCGUGUGACCUCUGACCUCGUACGGUUGCUGCAGACUGCUGAUGGGGGUGUUGGUCUCCUCUUCAACCCGUUUGCUUUUCUUAACCAGUUUUCUUGUUUUUGAUUGUUGUUUUAUAAUUUGUCACCAAGAAUAACACAUUUGUAAAGGGUGCGCUGUGAAGACAGCACAACAAAAACACAGACUCUACGUUGUAGUGAACAAAUACACUGAUCCCAAUAAAAGACUCUCAAUGAUCUCAUGUAGCACAUUUUCAUCGCCCGUCGUCUGCAAACUA